AUGAACGUUGAAGAAAACUCAGUCCGCAAACUGAACACUGAGGUCGAAGAUGACAAAGAUGAACGAACCAAAACACCCAUUAAAGAGCUACCUUUCCCUUCGAUAUCAGAAAUAAGUUUCUCUGAGGUCAGUUCUGAAGCAACGGUGGUUCCUGAGACAAAUAAAAAAGUCGAUGACCACGAGUCUGAUAAGCUGAAAAUUAUGGCGGAAAAUAUCGAAAAACUUUGGAUAACUAUCACUGACAAUCAAAAAGAUCGCAUUGAUAUGAAACAUGAAAUGGAAAAGCUCAAGAAAAAGGUCGAAAGCUUCGAAAAAACGAACGAUGAUCUAAAGAAUCAAGUCGAAAACCAAAAGUUGACAAUAAACAGUCUUGAUGAACAGAUCGAGAAAAAGGGCGAGAGAGAAAGAGCGAUGAAUAAGGAUAUGGAACAGAAAAAGGAGACCUCCGACAAGGGAAAGACGACAUCAAGUCCAAUCAAAAUGAUCAAGAAGCGAAUCAAACGAAUGUCUGAAAGCUCAACGACGAGCAUGAGCAGCGAGCAAAAUGUGGGUGGAGUCAUUUGCGCCAAGUCCCCCGAGAAGAACUCAGCGCCAAAGGUGCCGGCACUUUUCGGAGCCUUUGCGAGCUAA